AUGAUCAGCAUCAGACAAACGUUGCCGAGAGGCAAGGCCACAUUAUGUAAUUUUCCUGACGCUUCUCGUCACGGCAAUGGCAUACACGCGAGCAACCGAGUCUUGAUCGAUCUCGAGCUGCCCCCGUCGGCAGAGCUUGCUACCCCAAUCGAGAAUGUCGACCCCAUCGAUGGAAACGCAGAUCGGUUCCGAUGUGUUCGUCACUGGACCGCACUACCGCUCCGAACCGUUGCUGCGGUGAUCCUAGGUUGGCGCGGCUUUCAUCUUUCGACUCCAUCCUUUGAGUCGCAGAACGGCGUCACAGUGCACCGCGAUUUUGGUCUCCGAUCUCCAGGUCACUCGCUUGGAUCGCAUCGAUCUACCACAUACGUUUCCGCAUUGGUUUGCAUCUUUGUACAGCUCAAGCGCAAAGAUCGAAACGGGAAUACCAUGCACCAGCAAGCCUUUGGACUUCAGGACGCGAUGUAUCAAAAUCGUUACAUGCGUGCUGAAAGCGGGGCACCGGCCAAUCAAGAUGAGAUAACUAUGAUUAGAUCGUGA